CCACCAUGGAGGGCAUACUCGACUUUUCGAGGGAGUUUGACGUCUCGUUAAUGGACAAGGUCGCCAUGGCUUUCUAUGCCGGUUCUGGGCAGGAACAACAAAUGGCUCAGCAAGUGCUCACACAAUUUCAAGAGCAUCCAGAUGCAUGGACUAGGGUUCCCGACAUCCUUGAACGGUCAUCUUUUCCUCAGGCGAAAUAUAUAGGACUUCAGAUCCUCGAGAAAUUGAUUCUCACGCGAUGGAAGUCAUUACCAGAGGGCCAGCGGCAAGGCAUUCGAAACUUCAUUGUUGGCAUAACUGUCAAGAUCGCGUCGGACGAGGCCACCCUCCGGAGAGAAAAGACAUAUGUCAACAAGCUCAAUCUUGCUUUGGUGCAGAUCCUGAAGCAAGAAUGGCCACAUAACUGGCCGACAUUCAUUUCCGAGCUUGUGGAAUCCUCCAAGACGAAUCUCUCACUGUGCGAGAACAACAUGGUCAUCUUGCGACUUCUCUCCGAGGAGGUUUUCGACUUCUCUGCCGAACAAAUGACUCAGGCAAAAGUCAAGAAUCUCAAGAAUCAAAUGUGUGGCGAGUUCUCUGAAAUUUUCAAGCUUUGCUCCGAGAUCCUCGAGGAGGCCCAGAAGACUUCGCUCAUCAGGGCUACCCUUGAGACCCUGCUUAGGUUCCUCAAUUGGAUACCUCUGGGAUACAUCUUCGAGACAACAAUAAUCGAUCUUUUGCUGAACCGAUUCCUGGAAGCUCCAGAAUUUCGUAAUGUCACGCUCAAGUGUCUCGCAGAGAUUGCGGCGCUCAAUGUGGGUCCCGAAUACGACCCGAAAUUUGUUAUCCUUUUCGCGAUGGUCAUGACCUCAGUCAACCGGAUGAUUCCUCCGAGCACGAACAUUGCCCAGGCGUACGCAAAUGCGGGCGAUGCUGGCCAAGAGCUCGUCCUGAACCUUGCGCUUUUCCUCUGUAACUUCCUAUCGAACCACCUUCGCGCUGUAGAGACCGAGCAGAAUCGUGAUGUACUGCUCAAUGCUCAUCUCUACCUCGUCAAGAUCUCCCAGGUCGAUGAGCGAGAAAUCUUCAAGAUCUGUCUUGAGUAUUGGCUCAAGCUUGUCGCUGAGCUGUACGAGGAGAUCCAGAGUCUACCUAUCGGCGACUCGGGGCUUCUCAUGGGCCUCAGUCUCGGUGGUUCGCAGAGUAUGCUAAACGGCAUGAAUCUACGCAAGACCAUAUACAGUGAUGUGCUCUCGAACUUGCGGUUGGUUGUCAUCGAGAAGAUGGUGAAGCCUGAGGAGGUUCUCAUCGUCGAGAACGAGGAGGGAGAGAUUGUACGUGAGUUCAUGAAGGAGAGUGACACCAUUGUCCUCUACAAGCAGAUGCGCGAACUACUUGUGUACCUCACCCACCUGGAUGUUCAAGACACCGAGACCAUUCUCACGGAGAAGCUUGCCAAGCAAGUGGACGGCUCCGAAUGGUCGUGGCAGAACCUCAAUACUCUGUGCUGGGCUAUUGGAUCCAUAUCCGGCGCCAUGAACGAGGAGACUGAGAAGCGCUUUUUGGUCACCGUUAUCAAGGACCUACUUGGUCUAUGCGAGAUCAAGCGCGGCAAGGACAACAAAGCCGUUGUGGCAUCGGACAUCAUGUACAUCGUCGGCCAGUAUCCUCGUUUCCUCAAAGCGCAUUGGAAGUUCCUCAAGACAGUCGUCAACAAGUUAUUCGAGUUCAUGCACGAGACCCACGAAGGUGUCCAAGACAUGGCGUGCGAUACGUUUAUCAAGAUUGCGCAGAAGUGUCGUCGCCACUUUGUCAUGCAGCAGGCAGGCGAGACCGAGCCAUUCGUCGACGAGAUCCUCCGGAUGCUGCAUCGCAUCACCGUCGACCUGUCGCCGCAGCAGGUGCACACAUUCUAUGAGGCCGUCGGCUACAUGAUUUCUGCGCAACCGAACAAGCCUCAGCAAGAGAAGCUCAUUGCAAAACUUAUGGAGCUGCCCAACAACGCCUGGGACUCGCUCAUGGCGCAAGCGGCACAGAAUAUGGAUGUUCUCGGUAACAUGGAUAACAUCAAGAUUCUCUCUAAUGUCUUGAAGACGAACGUCGCGGCGUGUACCUCCAUCGGCGCAUUCUACCUCCCGCAGAUCGCACGUAUAUUCCUCGACAUGCUUGGCCUAUACAAGGCCGUCAGCGGUAUUAUCAGCGAGACUAUUGCGCGCGAAGGCCUGAUCGCGACGAAGACGCCGAAAGUCCGCCAGCUCAGGACGAUCAAAAAAGAGGUCCUCAAGCUCAUGGAGACAUUCAUCAGGAAGGCCGAGGAUCUUGAGACUGUGAAUGGCAACUUCAUGCCUCCUCUCCUCGACGCGAUCCUUGGUGACUACAACCGUAACGUCCCUGCGGCGCGCGACGCCGAGGUGUUGAACGUCAUGGCUACGAUCAUUAGCAGGCUAGGACCUCUAUUGACGCCCCAGGUGCCCGCAAUCUUGGAUGCUGUGUUUGAGCCAACACUCAACAUGAUCAAUCAAGACUUCGCCGAGUUCCCUGAACAUCGUGUUGGCUUUUUCAAGCUACUCCGUGCGAUCAACCUGAACUGCUUCCCGGCUCUCUUGACCAUCCCGCCACAACAAUUCAAGCUGUUCAUGGAUAGUAUCAUCUGGGCUAUCAAGCACACGAUGCGUGACAUUGCCGAGACCGGCCUGAACUUGUGUCUGGAAGUCAUUAAUAACUUCGCCACCGCCGACUCAGGAGUUGCAAAUGCGUUCUUCCAACAAUACUUCCUGAGCAUUAUGCAGGAUAUAUUCUAUGUCCUCACAGACACAGAUCAUAAGAGCGGCUUCAAGCUGCAGAGUAUGCUCCUCGCGCGCAUGUUCCAGCUUGUAGAGACGAACCAGAUCACUGUCCCGUUGUUCGACCCAUCACAAGUGCCGGAUCCGAGCAUUAACAAUACGGUCUUCCUACGGGAGUACACAGCGAAUCUCCUCAAGUCAGCAUUCCCCCACGUGCAAAAUGCGCAAAUCCAGACGUUCGUGAUGAGCCUAGGCGAGUUCCACAACGACAUUAACCGGUUCAAGCUGGCACUGCGCGACUUCUUGAUACAGCUUAAGGAGUUCUCGGCUGGCGACAACGCAGAGCUGUAUCUCGAGGAGAAGGAAGACGAAGCUCAGCGCAAGGCACAAGAAGAGCGCGAGGCCGCAAUGCGUAUCCCCGGCAUGCUCAAGCCGUCGCAGAUAGAGGACAAGGACGAGGACAUCUAAAACACUGGCGUUACUGUCGGAUCCCGACGACGCUCGCCCGCCACGGACCAGACCAGUAACUGUACGAUGAGGCAUAUACCUCAACCUGUAAUCUGUCGGGCGGUCUCACUCCUACCGCUGCGCAACACAUCAAUACACCUCCAUCUUUUGUCUGCUUCAAUGUCGUCUCACGUUGGCCGCGCUCGCUCAAGCUUCUCUUCAUUCAUUUGUCGUUUUAAUGUACCCCGCUCGCUUUCGCGUUAGUGUUCUGCAUAUAUCAAUGUAACAGUAGCCUAGUCAGAGCUUAGCUGUGAAUUCACCUCGUAUGAUAGACCGCGGCCGGCUAUUGCGCAUGAUGCUGACG